AGGCCACCGAGCGGCGGUGACGGGCGUGGCCUUCAACGCGGACGCCGCGGGGCUGGGAGCUGCUUUUAGUCGCCGACGAUGAGGAUCCGUCUGGCGAGAAGAUGGACGUGGGUCCGCAAAAGCUGCGUGUUUCUCGGCUUCUUGAUGAUCGCUUACUUCGUGGUCGAACUGUCGGUUUCUUCCUUCGGUGCCUCCCUCGCCAGUGAGAGCAUCACCAGAGGGAAAUGGGAGAGGCGCUUUUCUGACAGAGUAGAAGAGGCUGUAGAUUUGGCUCGUCCAGUUUAUGACAAAUCCCCGCCUGAUCCUUAUGCCCCAGGAGAAUGGGGUAAGCCCUCUCGCCUGCAGCUGAGUCCUGAGGAAAAGAAACAGGAAGAAGAGCUGAUUGAGAAGUAUGCAAUUAAUAUUUAUCUGAGUGAUAAAAUCUCUCUCCACCGGCACAUUGAAGAUAAUCGACUGAGUGGCUGUAAAGCUAAAUCCUAUGACUACAGAAGACUGCCCACAACAUCGGUUAUAAUUGCUUUUUACAAUGAAGCCUGGUCAACCUUGCUGCGGACGAUACAUAGUGUUCUUGAAACGUCACCUUCAGUGCUUCUAAAAGAAAUUAUACUGGUGGAUGACUUGAGUGAUAAAGUGUAUCUGAAGACUGAACUUGAAAAAUACAUAAGCAGUCUGAAAAGAGUUCGUCUGAUAAGAACCAACAAACGAGAAGGAUUGGUUCGUGCACGCUUAAUUGGUGCUACCUUUGCUACUGGUGAUGUCCUCACGUUUCUAGACUGUCACUGUGAAUGUGUCUCUGGCUGGCUGGAACCACUGCUCGAGAGGAUUGCUGAGAAUGAGACUGUUAUUAUCUGUCCUGUCAUUGACACCAUUGACUGGAAAACAUUUGAAUACUACAUGCAAACGGCAGAGCCGAUGAUUGGGGGGUUUGACUGGCGGCUGACAUUCCAGUGGCACUCAGUGCCUAAACAUGAACGUCUCAGGCGCAAAUCUGAAACUGACCCAAUCAGAUCCCCAACUAUGGCUGGUGGCUUGUUUGCGGUCAGCAAGAAGUAUUUUGAGUACCUGGGUACCUACGAUACAGGAAUGGAUGUUUGGGGAGGCGAGAACUUAGAAUUAUCAUUUAGGGUUUGGCAGUGUGGAGGCAUGUUGGAAAUUCACCCGUGCUCCCAUGUAGGCCAUGUGUUUCCAAAGCGUGCGCCCUAUGCUAGACCAAAUUUCCUUCAGAACACGGCACGUGCUGCUGAGGUGUGGAUGGAUGAGUACAAAGAGCACUUUUACAACAGAAAUCCUUCAGCGAGAAAAGAAAACUAUGGAGAUAUUUCUGAAAGAAAGAUACUAAGAGAGCGUUUGAAAUGCAAGAGUUUUAACUGGUAUUUAAAAAACAUAUUUGCCGAGUUGCACGUACCAGAAGAUCGUCCUGGCUGGCAUGGUGCUAUCCGCAGCACGGGAAUAGCUUCAGAAUGCCUCGACUAUGUCUUACCAGAACAUCAUCCUACUGGGGCUCACCUUUCUCUCUUCGGAUGUCAUGGUCAGGGAGGCAAUCAAUUUUUUGAAUACACGUCAAAUAAGGAGAUUAGAUUUAACUCUGUAACUGAGCUAUGUGCUGAAGUCCCUGAGCAUGAAGACUUCAUAGGUAUGAGGAGCUGCCCAAAAGAUGGAUCUCCUAUCCCAGAAAUUAUUAUAUGGCAUUUCAAAGAAGAUGGGACUAUUUAUCAUCCUCAUUCGGGAAAGUGCCUUACUGCUUAUCGUACGACUGAGGGGCGUGCUGAUGUGCAAAUGGGAGCUUGUAAUGCUGCAGAUAAAAAUCAGAUUUGGAAAUUUGAGAAAUAAUCACUGCUGGUAGUAAGAAUCGAAGUGACUGUGAUCUCCAAGGUUUUUACAUGCAUGAGCAGAUAGUGAUGUUUAAUUGCAGACCUUGGAAUGUCUUCAGAUGUGUCUGUAGUGAUGUAGAAACUAUAUUUGCUGUGGUGGACUGUAUGGAAAGCAAAAGUAAAUACUGGGGUUUAGUUUCUAGAACAUUGAAUACAGAUCUAAUGCCUUUUAUUUUUGUAAAAUUUUCAUCCCUUAUUUUCUUACUUUGGUCCAUCUUGAUUAUAGUUAAACAAAGGCUUUUGAGUCAACUGAGGAGGGAUUUUUUUUUUUUUUUGGUUCAGAAAAAAAAUUAUGUACAUUAAACCUGCAAGACAAUGUUACAUGAAAGUAAAGAAUCUUUACUCACUGAAGUAAAAGUGAAGGUUCUUGCAGUGGAAUUAACUGACCUAUGUUGCAGAUACAUUAUGAGAUAUGUAUCUAACACCCUAAGUAAUGCUACAGUAGCAUGUGAUUGAAUCAGCAUUGAUGUGUAAAGUUGAUUCUUAAGCCUUCUAAUGUUUGCAGUUUUCUGGGGAAUUUACAUGCUCUUAGGGGUUUCAAGGUGACAACUAGCUGUAUUACAUUGAAGAAAAUUGUUUUGUUUUUUUUUUAGUAGAUUGGCUUUGGCACUGCUUUGCAGUCUUGUGCCUAUUUUGGAAAACUUACCUCAUGAGUGUGAGUCAGGAGCUCUCAUGCAUUUAGAGUGUGGUAGGAGUGGAACCAAGGACAUGCCAGCGGUACCACAAAUGGGGAGAAAUAGUUGGCUACAAGAAUAUUGUUUAAAUGUAAAGGAGAAGGAAAGAAAGCGCAGAGUUGUAUUGGCUACUGCUGUUUCUUAGCUAUAUGUUUAAUAUUUAUGUUGCCUCUGUGUAAGCUUUUCCACCUUAAUCCUGGCAUCCUAGGGACAUGUAGCUUAUGUGACUACACCAUGUAUCCAUUUUAUUUUUUCGUCUGUCACCAGGGUAGAAGGAGACACAGAAGAAAACUUGGGCUGGUUUAUUUUGCGUUAUGUAUGUUGGCAACAGCUGGCAUGCAUCAGCCCUAGGUAGAGUUUUGAAAUCAUGCAGUGUAUGUUUUCUAGUCACAACAGUACCACGGGAGACUUCAGGUAAGGUUGGGAAGCUGAAGUUCCUGGAGUGAGGGGAGUUGAAAAGGCAAAAAGCAGCUUGGAGGAAACCAAGAUUUAUUGGUUAGAUGGUUAACAGAACAACUUAUUUGGAAUGUUUUCUAUAUCCUGUUAUGUUGAGUUUUAAAGAACGUUGAUUCUUGAAUCAUGUCACUAAUCUGUUUUGAGUGUGAUUAUAGACAGUAGAUGUGAUAGAUACAAUGUAUACUUAAAAAAAAAAUCUUUUUUAGCUUUAUAUGAUUUAAACUGAACAUAUAAUGUUUCAGGCAUUUCAGCUUUUUUGAUUAUUUUCACUGAAGUGAUAAAUGUUCUUCAGUAGCCACAGUGUAGUAAUUCUUGACACGGGGUUGGUAGGUAGGAACUUGAGCUAGUGAGCAAUAGGAAUCUGGAUAUUUGAGGAAUGUAGUAGGUGUGUGUUUGCUGCAGGUGUUAGUAGGUAGAAGGGUUAAAAGGGAGCAAGUGAGACCUGAAAUAAGUCAAGACUUGCAAAAAAUAAAGCAAGAAUAAAUUAAGACAUACUGUUGAAUCUUAGUGGUUUUAAAGAGUUGAGAGGUUUGGGUGGGAGCAGGCUAAGAUAGAAGGGGAACAGAAGAAGAAAAUUUGAAGUUGGGGAUGUAGCGUUGAAUCAUGCUAAAAAUGCUUGCCACUGUGUGGCAUGGGUGGUUUUAAGUCUUUGACUUAUUUUUUGGAGGUUACUUGCAAUAAGAUUUUUUUUUUUUUUUAAACCCUAAGCUAAUUUUUUUUUUUUUUUUUUUUUUUUUGGAAAAAGGGAACUUCUUUACUAUAUAAGGGAGACAUUCCUGAAAAAUUCCAUUCUACUCUGCAGCAAGGAAUUCCUUUGUGGACAAGUUAUGAACCAUUUAUUAAAUUUUAAAAGACAGCCAGUCAUUAUGUACUGGGGCAAUAAAUUAUAUAAAGUAUGUGCUUUUGUGAAAAGCUUGCUGUAGACUGUUACAUUCAAUAGAAUUGUCAGGAAAAAGGCCUGGGUUCUCCUACAUGGCAGAGCAUAAGUUGUAUGUGCAAUGCAUGUUUUCUCAGAGGAAAGUAAUUAAAUGGUAUGAAUAUAGACUAUGCAACUUUUAUACAAUUAACUUUUGUAGGACUUGGCAAAAGCUAUAUUUCAUAUAAAGAACUACCUUCAUGUUAAAACUGACAUCCAAAGUGUUCCUUAUCAAUUUAAGCAAUAAGUCUAAGUGAACCUGCCUCUUAAAGUUUGAGAAGUUAUUCUUUCUGUAUGAAUGUGAACUCUUCCUCCUUUCCCCCACCACCUCCCACACUAUUUUCAUGGUUAUUUAAAAACUAAAAGGGAAAAAAAAAAAAAAAAAAGGCAAAAGUAAGUAACCUGGACCUAAAAAUAAAUAAAUAAAAAAAAUUUGUUCCCAAUGGGAAUAAAGAAAACCAGGGGUGGCGGAGGUACUAGAGAAAGACAGAAUUAAAAAAGACCUUGCCAUUUCAAGUUCCACUAAUUUUGAACUGAGUUGCAGCAAUUCUACAGACAUACUCCAAUCCAGUUGUUUUUCAGUGUAUACAGAUUUCUAGAAAUUCUGAAUCUGAAAUAUUUUCAAUGCUGUUAGACUUUGCAAAUUUGGGGAACACUUGUAUAUAUUUUAAACUACUGAUUUUAAGUGACUUAAAAGAAAUUGAAUGUAGACUUAACACUGAAUAAAUGUGGGAGGGCUUUGGGGUUUCUUUUGAAAAAAUAAAAUCCAGAAUGAUAAAUGUU